AUGCUGGCCUGUGCGAAUGCCUGGGCUAGAACCGCUAUCCGCAUCUCGAUUCGUCCAACCGUUAUUAUUGACCGUGGCACGCUGCACACCACACUCACAUGGCACGCUCAAUUCCUAUUACCCGCAACAAGAAAGUUCAAGCUCUUCUUGCAGCUGUACUACUGUAUGCUAGGAUUCGCGAGAAACAGAGACGAAUCGGCCCAAGAUAAUUCUUCGUCAAAACAACAAGCUAGGCCAUUCCAGCCAACCCACUACCCCCUGAAAAGUCUUAGGAAAAGCAUGGCACGGGAAGACGGCGAGAAUCGAGAGAUGGAUGGAGACUUGACAGAGAGGGGGGGGGGGGAAGGGAAAGGCAGGGAUCGCUGUCAAUCUCCAACCCGCCACAUCCACUAUCCCACUCACGCACGCACGCGAUUGUCACACCCGGAAGACAGAAAAAUGGAGAUAUUUCCAGCUGUUCAACUCUCCGACCGCCAAUGCACAGCAAACUUUCUAGAUUUCGUCUCCAGCGUCCCUCUCUCCCCUCUCUUUUCGUUUGUUCCGCUCCGCGACUGUCUCCUCACGGGCAGCGAAAGGGACAAUGCUUUUCCCCUCCGGCCUUCCAAAGGCCCAGGCCGCGUGCCGGCCAUGGAUCAGAUGGAGCAACAGUCGUCGUCAUCCGGCAUCAUCACGGGCAUAGACGAUGGAUCCUAUCCCCCCACAGUUCCGCCGUUGCGUGUGCAUUUUGUCAACUCCUGA